GAUAUUUUCGAUGCAUCGAUGUUUUUCCGAAAUCCCUAUGGAAGAUUAGUGUGAACAUUUUUAAUUACAUUGACGGAAAGCUUUAAAAAGAGUCAGUAAUUAGAAAUUUAAGCUUUAACCUACAAAAUGGCUAUAGUGUAUGAGACUGUGGAGAAUUGGGGCUUGAAGAAAUGUGGGGAGAUUUCGACUUUGCUAGCCGUAGGGAAAGAGGAGUUUUUUCUCAGUUGUGAAUUUUGUGACUAUACUGCUAUACAAUUGGAUAGAUUCAUACGCCACAUGUGCGGAAACCAUUUGGCUGAAUUUACUAAAGCAAAGUCAAGACAAAAGUCACCGGAACUCCCAGUUGAAUUACGAGCCGAGGAGGUCGGUAAUCAGUGGGAAAACAGUAAUCAGGAUAGCGUUGACAAGGAUUAUGCUCUAAGGGGAUUUGAAAGGGUUGAAAUAGAGUUGGACACAAUGGAUGUAGAAGGUUCCUUGGAGAUGAAAGAAGAAGAUAUAUCAGAUGAAUUUUUAAGCGAAACUGAGAAUGAAGAAACAUUUGAAAACAUUAAUAACCGUGGAAGCAUUUCCCUGCCACCCCUUAAGUCUGGUCAAUUCGAUAAAGACAAAAAGAUUAUGACAAAGUAUUAUCCAAACGAUGAAGAAAAACAAUUUAUUAUUGAGUUUAUUGAACUAUAUCGCUCCUUACCGUCGUUAUGGGACUUCAAACAUUAUGAUUAUAGCAAUCGCAAUUCAAGAGCAAUACAGUAUGACAUUAUGCUUGCAAAAUAUAAGGAAAAAUAUCCAAAAGCUGACAGAAAAGAAGUUAUGAAAAAGAUUAAUAGCCUUCGAUCAAACUAUCGACGAGAAUUAAAACGCAUAACUCCAAAUGCAACGCCCUCUCUGUAUUAUUUCGAGGCUAUGGAUUUCUUGCGCAAUAAUGAUCAGGGUGAAGAAUCACAAAACCUAAUUAACGACUUCGAGGAAUCUAAGUCCACCUUUGGAGUUGAUAAACACGAUGCCAAAAUGGAGGUUUUCGACACCACCACUAAAAGUGAUAGUUUCAACAUUUCAGAAGAUACAUUCCAAGAAAAAGAAAUUGGUGUUCAAGAAAAUGCCAAUGUCCAGGAGGAAGACGAAAACUUCGAAACGGUUGCAGAUGAGAAGAAAUUCAUUAUUGAGUUUAUUGAAUUGUAUCAGUCCUUACCGGCACUAUGGGACGUAAAAAGCAAAGAUUACAAAGAUCGAGAAUUGAAAGACAUUCAAUACCAAAUUUUGCUUGCAAAAUAUAAAGAAAGAUAUCCCGAUGCCGACAGACACGAGAUGCGGAAAAAGAUUAAUACCCUCCGUUCCAGUUUUCGUCGACAGGCAAAACGACCAUAUCCACCAAAUCUGUAUUACUUUAAUUCAUUGAGUUUCCUCCUUAAUAUUGACGAGUCACUACAGAAUGAUUUUGAAGAUAAUACGCAGCACUCUUUUAAGACAGAAGAUGAUGCUGGGCCAUCAGACGAAAUUUGUAAAUCUGAAAGCGAAUUUGAAAUGGACGAUGAAGAAUAUGACUAUAUUGGGGAUACUGAACAAAAAAGAUCCGAAAGAAAAUUUGUAAUUGAGUUAAUUAAGGUCUACCAAUCAUUGCCACCACUCUGGGAUAUAACCAACAAGGAUUAUCAUAAUCGCGCAGUAAAAAAUAAAAAAUACGAUAUAUUACUCGCGAAAUACAGGGAGAGGUAUCCAGAUGCUGAUCGAGACGAUGUUAAGAGAAGGAUAAAUAGCCUUCGGUCAAACUUCCGCAGAGAAUCAAAACGACAAACAACAAACCUAUUUUAUUACGAUGCAAUGAGUUUUCUACUAAGCAAUUAUGAGCAUUCCUUAGAGGAAGAAUUAGAAGAAACUGUGAAGUCUGAAAAUAAUUCAGAAUUUGAUGAAACAGAGCAGUACACGUAUAUGGACACAGAAGAAGACAGCAUACCAACAAGUAGUAAAGGAGCGCAACAAAAUGGCAGCAGCAAAAACGAAAGAGAUUUCACACUUGAAUUUAUUGGAGUUUAUCGCUCGCUGCCGGCACUGUGGAAUGUAAAAUGUAAAGAUUACCACGAUCGCAAUGUAAAGAAAAAGCAAUAUGAAAUUUUGCUUCAGAAAUUCCAAGAAAGGUAUCCGGAUGGUGAAAUUAAAGACGUAAAAAAAAAGAUUAAUGGCAUUCGAUGCAACUAUCUAAGAGAAUGUAAACGAAUAUCGCCAAAUGGCGUAACUACUUUAUAUUACUUUGAUGCAAUGAAUUUUCUUCGUGGCAGUGAACCGUCAAACCCAACAAACGAGUCUGAUGAAACAGAGGUAAGUGAAAUUUUUCAAUGGGUCGUAUACGGGUAG